AAAAAGCAACAAAUAAUAAAACUUAAUAAAAAGCUAACUCCAUAACCAAUUCCAAUUCCAAAUCGAAAUCAAAUUCCAAAUUCAAAUGCGAAUGCGAAUACGAAUUCCAGUGCGAAAGCGAAUAUGAAUACGAAUCGAAUUGAAGAAUUCAUCACAAAUAUAAGUUGUCAAUGAAAACGACGCCAAACUGAAGUUUUCCAUCAACUUUAUUUAUUGCAAAGUGACGAGUGCCGUGCCAAACUUAAAUUCAAAUUCGAAUUCAAAUCCAAAUCGAAGUCAAAGUGUCAAUUGAAUUAGCGCGCCAAUCGCGCGUCAUUUGAAGUUUUUUUGUUUCGAGUUUAAUUCAAGCAACAGGUGUCAGCCACCGAGAAACUCUUUUGUCUGCCUCCCUCAAGUGAAUCCCCCUGCUUAACCCCCUCAUCCAUCCGCUGUGGCUGUUGCAAAAAUUCACACUAAUUAGGAGCCACUAAAGUGAAAUUGAAAACCUGCUUCCGGAAGUGUUUUUGUUGUUAUUAUUGUGGAUAAACCAUUGCAGUCUACUAUUUAUCGACUGUCCAUAAAAUAUAUAAAAAGUGAAGCAAUUUUGUGAGUGUGUGUGUGUGGAAAACUUUGCAACAAAUACAAUUAGAAACUUCAGCUACAUGAAGGACGCGUUGUUACUGUGGGACAACGAACAGAAAGUUUACACGGCGAACAUGGCGUAUGCGCAACGUGCACUUGCAACAUGUGUUAUUUAUGUCCAUGCCCCGCUGCAGAGUCAAUUAAAAGCAACGCGCCUCACCGCACAACAUAAUUGAAAACAACAACAGAAAAGAAAUACACAAACAAAAAAAAACACACACACACCACAAUUAAUUAGUCAAUUCCAGAAAGAGAGAGAGAAAGAAACUGCAUCGAAACCAUGUCCGAGUUUCGAUUUUUCUCGUACAGCGAUUUUGCCUUCUCCACGUCCAAGCAGUCCAAAGAAUGGAUCAGUCUGCCAAUCUCACAGUAUCAGGCGACGACGACCAAACCAAUUGUGCAGGAGGGCAUCGAGUUUGACAUUCCGUAUACCGUCUUCGAGGUGCUCGUCGCCAUCUUCAGCAUCAUUGGCAACCUGAUGGUCAUCAUUGUGUUUCGCCGUGAACGAAAGCUGCGUCGUCGCACCAAUUACUACAUCGUUUCGCUGGCCAUGGCUGAUUUCCUUGUCGGUUCCUUGGGUAUUCCAUUUGCCAUCUUGGCCUCGGUUGGUUUGCCCAAGAAUCUGCAUGCGUGUCUCUUCACCGUUUCGUUGUUGGUCGUGCUCUGCACCAUCUCCAUCUUCUGCCUGGUUGCUGUGUCCGUCGAUCGCUAUUGGGCCAUCCUCUAUCCGAUGGCCUAUUCCCGCAAUGUUCGCACUCGCACUGCCAUUGUCAUCAUCUCGGUGUGCUGGGUGGCUGGCACCAUUGUUGGCUUCCUGCCGCUCUUCGGCUGGCAUGCAGAUGUCCAGCACGAUCAGGAGUGUCUCUUUGUCGAGGUGAUGGACUACAACUAUCUGGUGUUUCUCUAUUUUGCCACCAUCAUCACGCCCGCACUGUUGAUGCUCGCCUUCUACACUCACAUCUAUCGCGUGAUCAUACGGCAAGUGCGUCAGAUUGUCACCAUGAAUCCCGCCUCGGAUCUCAGUCGCCGCUCGUCGACAGCUCAGAUGCAGGUGACGACCCCGGGGCGAGCAGGACACACAGGCACGAUGUUGCGUGUCCUCGGAGCUGCACGCAAGCGUGAUGUGAAGGCCACACAGAAUCUGUCGAUUAUUGUGCUGUUCUUCAUGAUCUGCUGGAUUCCGCUGUACACGAUCAACUGCAUCAAGGCCUUUUGUCCCGAUUGCUAUGUGCAUCCCAAGUUGACGCUCUUCUGCAUCAUACUCUCGCAUCUCAAUUCGGCGGUGAAUCCUGUGCUGUACGCUUAUCACCUCAAGGACUUUCGGCUGGCCUUGAAGAACCUUAUGCUGAAGCUGAUGGGCGUGGACAUUGAUCAGCAGGCGGAUGCGAUGCAUCGCUUCUCGCUGGCCAGUCAGCAUCGUCUGCAGUCGAUGGACUCCAAUAUGCGCUCCACGCAGCCGCGCAUGUAUGUGGGUGAGUAUUCGCCCAUUUGGCUGCGACAGCAGCAGGAGGCGCUGAAGAACUCACAACUCCUGCCCAAGUGUGGAGUGCUCACUCCGUGUGUGAACAGCAUCAAUCAAACGGUGGCCGCUGCAGUUACCGCUUCCACGGAUAUUGAGCGGGAUAUGUGGAACAUUAUGGAGGCUUCGAGUGGCGCCGAGUUGGGCGAGGUGAGCUACGAGUUUCCCAGUGCCAAGCAGCAGGCGGCACAGCUCAGCGAUCACGACAGCAGCAUCUCCAUCUCGGCGCCGGCGACAGCAGCUCAAUCGUUGCCACAACAGCAGCAGCAGCCGCAACGUUGUGACAGCGCCUUUUCCUACGAUAAUCAAAACUACUCGACGGGACCCGAAGAUGGCAUUAGUUUGCCCGAGGAUCUCGAGUACGAGGAUGUCUUUGUGCCGCCCAACAACGUCAACUAUCAAGGUGUUGAUCCCGUUGAGCUUCGUCGCUCGCUGGCUUGCGUGAUGCGGGAGAAGCUGCGCUCCGAUGACACCGAUUACUACAGCCAACAGCGGCUGCCACAGGACAACGAACUGCCCACGGAGUUGCAGCUGGAACUCAAGCGCGAAAUGGAGCUGGAUGCCAGCUCCACACGCACCUCGCCCAGCAAUGGAUCACUGCCGCAACUGCUGCGCUCCAAGCUGCUGGCCGUCAACUCGAACAGCGAUCACUGCUUGCCCCUGCCACGCUCCAGUAUGCCCGGUGCCGUCUAUGUGAUCGAUGGCACUACGAAUCCGCUAUCAUCGAAUUCGGGUCACAAGCCAAAGUAUCGCAAGUCGACGGCGUUGACGCGCAACUCACGCAAGAAGAGCCGCUCAUGCUCGUGCACCAGCGAACAGAAGCUGAUGAGUUCCAUCGAUACAACCUGCUCGAAUGUGUCCAGCGAUACGCACAACAAUAAUCUCAGCAAUCGCUAUGAGGAGCCACUGCAGACGCCGCCUGUGCAGAGUGGGAAUCAUGAGCAUUUCUUCAGUCCAUUGAAGUCGGUGGGCAGCUUUAUGCAGCAUUCCAAUCUCUUCAAUCUGUUCCAGCCUCACGCCAGCAAUCAGUCCAAUGCGACUGUGACGGCUGCUCCCUCUUCAAUACCACUUCCUCCUCCGCCUCCGUCUGCUCCAGCAACAGCAACAACAACAACACGACUGACCAUCGAUGCAUUGACACCGCUGUCGGCGUCGUCCUCAUCCUCGCUAGUCGCCGCCAGCGUUGAGAGUUGACCACAGUGCAAGAACAGUGCUCGGGAAAAUGCUUCCGUCAUUCCACCCACAACUCUGACUACACCCAGUCCUUCCAAUCCUUGCACUAAUCCUCAAGCGGCAGGCAAACUCUAGGCAAAUACUCGCAAGUCAAAGCUUUUAUUUUAAGUUCAUCCGAAUUACAAGUACAUAUAGAAGUAGAAGUCAAUGUGUGGCAUCGUUUCCAGUUGCUUUAUAGUGUGAAUUAUGCGCAUUUAUUUUCCAUUACAAUUAUGUUAGUUAAUUGUUCGAACUAAUGCCUAAACUAAUAAUGUUAAACUUAAAGUGAAUUUAAGCAAAUUAUUGUAUAUUGUGCAUACUCGUGUUUCCCAACAACAAAACAAACCAGAAGAAUAGAAAAGAAAAAACAAACAAAACAAAACAGAUAAACCAUAAAGAUAAACGAAAACAAUUUCUCUUUUUGGAUGUUAUAUGAUAUGAAAGCAGUUAAUCCUAUGUACUAUAAUAUGCAUGUGUAUUUAUCAAAGUAUACUUGGAACGUCUGUGAAAACCAAAAUAUAUAUAUGUAU